UUUUGCUGCUGCUGCUAUUGCAGAGAGAGAGGAUAUAUCAUCUUCUUCAUCAUCAUCGUGGAGAGAAUGAAGGACGAAGAAGCACAGUCGAUGAUGAUGAUGAAUAAUACCCGGUCGAAGAGAGUUGGAGCAGAAGCUGCUACUGCUGCUAAUAUUGUAUUCGGAAAAGGGCGUUAUAAGCUUUUGGUUUUGUCGGCAAUAUUAUUGCUUGCCUUUUGGUCCAUGAUCACCGGUUCCGUCACUCUCAAGUGGUCCGCCGGAAACCUCCAUCUUAUCAGCGAUCAAAUCGACUCUCCGAUUCACACCGAUCUAGAUAUCCUGGAAUUGGAGGAUAGAGAAAAGGUAGUAAAGCACAUGUGGGAUGUGUACACACAGAGCAACAAGAGGCUUAGGUUACUUCCUAGGUUUUGGCUCGAAUCCUUCAAAGCUGCUUAUGAAGAUUUAACCAGUGAGGUUCUUGAUAUUAGGAAUGCUGCCAUCUCUGAGAUUGCGAGGAUGAGUCUUGCUUCAUCUGCCGUUAUUGAUUCACCACUAAAGACUGGAAAACCCAAUUCCAAGAAACCAUCAUCAACUCAUCAUCAUCAUCCAUAAAUCAAGAAGACACAAACAAAUCUGCCAUAAAUGAAGCUACCAGCUUUAAUUGUAUCUACCAUAUCAGAUUUUUACUUUUAUUAUUAUUAUUAUGCAAUAGAUAAUUUAGGAAACAAUUGCUCUUUUUAAAUUUAUUAAUAUGCAUGUACACAGUUACUUACUGAAGCAAACCAUCAUAUUAAUUAAUGAGAUAAUUCACCUAUUCUAUA